AACGAAACAGUUCCGAGGGCGAGACGGUCCGAGGCGCCAGUGUUGCCGUUGCGUUGAGGUCACGAGCAGCUAUCAAGGGCCCGCCAUUGCUGAAGAAGCCUCCACAAUUUUUUUUUUCUCUCCCCCAUGAUCCUCACAGACCACGCCGCGAGCCAUGGCUACUCAGAGGAGUCCGUGCUGCGCCCCCACCCGCUGCACCCUACCAAGAAGAGGCACUGCUGUCAGGGUGGAGGCGACGGGUUCACAAUCAUCGCCACCUGCUUCUUCGUCCUCACCAUCGCCGUCACUGUCGCCCUCAUCAUCCAGAUACACUAUGGCAGCCCAGAGGUAAUGCCCCAUGGAGCGGUGGCGACGGAUGAGGAGGAGUGCAGCCGCGUUGGUGCCCGCAUCCUCGGGGCCGGGGGCAGCGCGGUGGAUGUGGCUGUGGCGUCUGUUAUGUGUCUCAUGGUCGUGCAUCCGCAUACAGUGGGGCCGGGCGGGAGCGGUGUGAUGCUGGUACAUGACCACAAGAGCAACACCACCACCGUCCUGGACUUCCUCAGUGCCGUACCCAGUGGCUAUGACUCCCAGGCACCUCCACCCGGCUACACAGACCCCCGCAGUGUUGGGGUGCCGGGGCUGCUGCGAGGCCUGGAGCACGCACACCACAAGUUCGGCAAGCUGCCCUGGCGGGACCUCGUCAGGCCCAGCAUCGACAUCGCUCGCCGAGGGUUCAAUGUGUCGGGCCAGCUGGGGGACGCACUCAAGCAGCUCAACAUUACGAGUCCGCGUGGUGACUCCCUGUUUGAGCGCUUCUUCCUCCCCAAGGGCCACAAGCUCAAGAAGGGGGACUUCAUACGGAGGGAGAACUUUGCGGAGCUCCUCGAGUUUGUGUCCGUGCGAGGGGCCAGCACCUUCUAUGCGCUCGACUUCGAUCACCUAGACAUCAAAGCCAUGCAGGAAGACGGGGCAGAGAUACAGGACAAGGAUUUCCACGAGUACAAGGUGCGAGAGUGGCCCAGCCUUCAGAUGACCCUCAGGAACCUCACAAUUCACACCAGCCCGGCACCUUCAGGCGGCCCCCAGCUGCUGGCCGCCCUACACCUGCUGCACCACGCCAACAUAACCGCCAGCACCCCCCAGGCCCUGCUCUACCACUCCUUCAUCGAGGCAAUACGCAACAGUUACGCUUACUUCAUUGACAUAGGGUCAGAGUAUGAGCUGAGCCCCCAGAACGCAACAGAAGUCUUUCCAGUCAACAACCUUGAUGAGAAUUUUAGCCUGGAAGACGACCCUCCCUCCCCCCCGCCCCUCCCUGAGCUGGCCGCCUCGCCCGUCUCUGUGAUCGACACCUUCGACCAAUACGUGACGACUGUUGUAGGUCUGGGGACACACUUUGGCUCUCAGUACAUGACCAAGCACGGCAUCCUCUUCAACAACCACCUGGCCAGCCUGGCGGCCACGGCGGGGACUGGCUAUGUCCCCGCCAGGCCCCUCACCUCCUACACCCCUGUGGUUAUCACUGACAUCAACAGGGUGUGUGGGCCGCGGGUGGUGCUGGCGAGCCCUGAGGUUGGGGCGGCGGUGCAGGUGGUGGGGCAGCUGGUGUUCCGCGGCCGCCGGCUCAUUGACGCCAUCAGGCAACGUCGCGUGACCCUCACCAACAACAACAACCUGGUGCUGGUGGACGACCUGCGCAGUGACGUCGUGGCGCCGCUGCCCGGGGACGUGAGGAACUACUUGGAGGCGCACAACAACACCUUCAAGAUCCUGUACCCUCCCUACCCUGGGGUCAACGGAAUCACCAAGGAGAAGGACGCCAUCACCUCCUGGUCGGACUCUCGCAGUGGUGGUGUGGCCCAUCGCAUCGAGCCGCCCCUGAUGCCGGAGAAGAUCAAGAAGAAGGCCGGGAAGUCGAAGUCCAAAGCCUUCCUACCCACGCCGCUCCCUACCACAUCUCCCGGGCCCCCAAAACUCCCCAAGGCAACCCUCAAGGGCGAGCCACAGAUGCUGCCGUGAUGGACCUUGGUGAUGGGAAGUCUUAUCAUCCUCCUCUUCCUUCGCCACAGGCCCAUAUCACACACCCAUGAGGCUCUCCCACCCUGGAUGAUCAUAUACUCUCUCCUCCCUAGUGUUCACCCUUCUCAUGCCUUUCUGCACUCACAUCUCUAGGGUUUCACUGGUGCUGUCAUUUUUCUAUCUGUUGACUAAUUGUACUUGUAGAAUUAUUUUAAUGGUACUUGUUGAAUAACUUUACUGCUGGUCUGAUCACCAUAUAUUAGGCUGUACAGGGUUAUAUAUUUUACCUAGUUGAGUCCUCUUCUUUUUUUGUUGGUCUGUAGAAAAAUUGUACUUGUAGAAUUAUUUUAAUGGUACUUGUUGAAUAACUUUACUGCUUGUCUGAUCACCAUAUAUUAGGCUGUACAGGGUUAUAUAUAUUGUUUUGUUGAGUCCUCUUCUUUUUUUGUCGGUCUGUAGAAAAAUUGUACUUGUAGAAUGAUUGUACUUGUAGAAUUAUUUUAAUGGUACUUGUAGAAUAACUUUACUGCUGGUCUGAUGAGCAUAAUUUAAUCUGUACAGGGUUAUAUAUAUAUAUUGUUGACUCCUCUUCUUUCUCUGUCUGUGUGGAAUAACUCUACUUUUUACUGGUGCUGAAAACUUUAAAAAAUAAUACUUGUAACUGUAUUGAGAUUUACUUGCAUUUCUCUGCCAUGAAAAGCCUGUAUUUGUAUUAAAGUUUUCAAGAUA